UGUUGUUCGAUAUCCAGAGAGGUAGCGCAUAUUUCGUCGUUCUUUCCUCUUCGUCCAAAUGCAAGUUCUCGUGCUGGAAUCCCUUCUGUCAAGUCGUUAUCGUAGCCAGCCUUCCGGCAAGUCUCACAGCGUCCGCGCGCUCCUCCCGAUCAUCCACCAUCAGCAUGCCCAUCAUGGCUAUCAAUAUCCUGUCCUAGUUACUAGCGUACCUCUUGACCUGAACCGCCAUGUCCGAGGUGAAUAAGGGAGAGGACGACAUCAAGGCCGACGCCACCGUCGAGGCGGCGCCAACCACCGUCGACGAAGAGACCAAGUGGACGACCAGCCGCUGGGAGCUUUGGUCCUACUACUUCUUCUACAUCGGCAACAGCGGCCUCUCCGGAUUCAACUACGGUCCCUCCCAGUUCCAAAAUCUCCUCUACCUGGCCGGCUACGACCCAUCCGGCGCGCCGGGCGAGCUCCCCUGCGGCGACGGCGGCUGCGUCCUGCGUUUCGCCGGCAAAGUGCGCGAUAUCAACUCUAUCGUGCUUGUGACGAACGGGAUCAGCUUCGCGCUGCAGGCCGUAUUGCUUCUUAUCAUCGGCGCGUGGGCGGACUACGGGACGUGGAGACCGAAUAUAACGAUAUUCUUCACGAUCGUCGCUGUCGGAGUUUCCUUUGCGUGGCUAGGAGUCGAACAUCCUGACCAGUGGGAGGCAGCAACUGCACUCUACGUCCUUGGACUCAUAACGUACCAAUGCGUACUCACGUUCUGGACAGCAGCGUUCCCAGGAUUGGCGCGAGACCUUCCAGAGGUCAAGCAGUCCCUCGCGGACGUGAAGGGUGGUGACAAGACUGCGGAAGAGCACACCAAGCUCACCUCCCUAUCGCGCAACCGCAUCUCCAACUUGUCCUUCACUGUCUGCUCCGUCGGCGAGAUCGUCGUGCUCGCCAUCAUGGUCGGCAUCCUGAAGGCCAUUCACUCCGACGAGAGCACGGAGAACAAUACGAAGGCUUUCAGCAUCCUCAUCGCUUUCUCCGGGGGCGUCUGGCUCCUCUGCGCCAUCCCCUGGUUCCUCAUCGAGAAGCGGCGGCCGGGCCUCACGAUGCCCCCGGGCACCAAUCUCUUGACGGUCGGCUUCAAGCAGGUCGCUGUCGCGUUCCGCGAGUGCAUGCGCCUCAAGCAGACCUUCCUCUACCUCAUCUUCUACUUCCUCAUGGGCGACGUCCUGAACACUACCGUCACCGUGUGCGCGACGUUGCAGAAUAGCGUCGUCUCGUACUCGACCCUCCAGCUCACCUACCUCCUGAUCCUCGGGAUCGCGACGCAAGCUAUCGGCAUCUACGCCUUUUGGUUCGUGCAGAAGAAGUACAAGAUUAGCACAAAGGCCAUGCUCUGCUUCAACGUCUUUUGGAUCAUCGUUCUCACCAUCUGGGGCCUCAUUGGCGUACACACCGACCGAUUUGGCUUCAAGCACGUGUGGGAGAUCUGGCUAUAUCAGGCCUACUACGGUCUCAUGGUCUGCCCCUGGUAUGCGUACAGCCAGACCAUGAUCAGUGAGGUGUCGCCCUUGCCGCAAAUGUUCCUCUUCUUCGCAUUGUUCUCUGUGGUCGGCAAGACGAGCGCGUUCAUUGGGCCGUUUGUGUCCUCUGCGAUCAUAGAUGCUUCGGGCGGGAACGACAACAUGCCCUUUGCGUUCCUGUUCAGCCUGGGCACCGCAAGCACCGUCUUUCUAUGGCUCGUCGACGUGAAGAAGAGUCGCGUGGAAUGCGAGGCGUUCGUGCGCGCGGAGGCAGAGAGGGAAGCGUUCCAGGCAAGUGCGGUCACGAAGAGCGCGCUCCCGGUAGACGCGGGGUCUGUUACUUCGUCGGAGGUAUAGGGCUUCUCCGGGGAUGCGUAGGACUUCCCGACUGUUGUACUAACGGGAACGAGGUGAUAUACACGAGAUCUCGAGAAAAG